GGCGGGGCUUUACCGGGAUCACGUGCAGGAGGUGGGGCGCCAGGACGACGCGCGGACCAAGAUGGCACCGUCCCUGAGGCAACUAUCGCAAUUGUCCCGGCUCCUCUCCGGGACCCAGCUUCCACGCCACACUUUGGUUCGUUCAGCAUUUUAUGUUCGGAACAAUAUACAUGACAAACCCAACUGGCUGAAAGUAAUACUAACCUUGGGCACUACCGCAGGCCUGUGGGCCUUUCUUCUUCAACAACAUAAAGAAGAUAUGUUAGAAUAUGAAAGAAGAAAAGGACUAGAAUAAAUUAUUUGAAUUUACUUCUUUUCUGCUUGUGCAUUAUAAGAAGUAAUGACAACCAGUUUGUCCAUUGAAUGAUAUAUCUGAAAAACAACUUGCGUUAGGAUAUCUCUACAGUAUCACAGAAUGUACAAAUAAAAACUUAUCUGAAAAAAGGAUGUCUGCCCACUUUUCAAGUUAUAUUCAUCCCAUCAACUUAUACAAAUUAUUAUAAUUUAUCGUGUCCUUUCAUUUAUUGGGACCUGAAGUAAUUUUAGUAUGCCCCAUUUCUUUUCCUAAAGAGACCUAAAGCCAGUACCCAAAAGAACUUUAUAUCUAGUAGCUUUAUUUCUAAACUCUACAGAAAAACUACUGUUAAGAAUAGCAAUCAGUGUUACCACUUUAAACUAAAAAACAAAAUUUUUAACUUUGAUCAUUAUUCUUUGUCUUCCGGGGGGGGAUGUCACAAGGUAAUGCCAACUGAAGAUCUUUAAUAGUGGUCAUUUUUUUAACUGAUGAUAAUUGUUUUUCUUGUUAGUCCUAUUUAGUGUAGAUAUGGAAGUUAAACAUUUCUAAGGACCUGGUCAUUUAACAAAUGUUUAUUAAAAAAAAAAAAAAAAAAAAAAAAA